AGUUUAGUCUCCGUUAACAAAUACCCUAACACCGUUAGUUAGAACUAACAGAUUGUAUCCCAUGAGAUGAAAUUCAGGUGAGCAAAUAUGGGUGACGACCCCAAUCGGUUUCUUCUCCACGCUAAUGCUCAAGCUCAAGAGUAUAUUUUUGUGGACAAAAGGAGUUGUAGCUUAGUACAGGAAAGAAGGGGGCAAAGAAACAAAGGAAGGUAGGCUCCAUAAUUCGAAAGCUUCAAAUUAAGCUGAUUGUCCUAGGUUUGGAGAUGGAAAGCAGUAUAAAGAAUGAACUCUACCCUGACACCUUCCAUAUGUCAAAUCUUCAAUCAAGUCUUAGGUCGACUAGCGAUACCGGAAACAAUGAUUCACAUGACAGCGAUUGGGACGACGUGUGGAAUGAUGAUGGAGAUUUGUGUCAUGCUUCUACUGAUAAAUUGGAUAAAACAUCUGAAAUGGACAGGGAAUGGCAGAGGCGGCAUGACCAAUUUCAUACUAUUGGAUACCGUGAUGGUCUUAUGGAAGGGAAAGAAACUUCAGCACAAGAGGGAUUUAACAUCGGUUUUAGGGACUCUGUAUAUGUUGGAUACAACUGGGGUCUUGUCAGAGGUAUCACUAGUGCUUUUGCCUCUCUUCCUGAUGACUUGAAAGAAAGAAUGGUUGAUACUAAGGAAAUCCAGAACAAGUUCCAACAUUUACACGAGUCUGUGCAAUCUCUUUCAACAACGGAAGUGCUUAAGGUGUUCCAUGAUUAUCUGUCAAAGAAAUCGGAAGAGAGUGGUAAAGAUGAUAAAUCCAGCUCCUGCUUGGCCGAUGCCAAUGACCUCAGCCCCGAUGACCAUCUUCUGGACCAUUACCAGAAAGAGCUACAAUCACUUAUUGAUGAAUCAGGGCUCAAAUUGCACUUAGACGCAAAGCAAUAGCUUUUCCUUCAGAAGUGAUGUGUUUCCAUCAUACUCCAUGAAAAUUGCAUUCAGAAGAAAAAAGAUAGUAUACUUGAAUGCAUAGUUUGUAUGUGGAAUAUUUCCAUUUUCUAAUAUUAUAUGCAAGGUUUAAGUUAAAGUUGUGUGGCAUUUUGAAGAGAAAUAAAAAAUUACUUUUUGACA